CGUCACACACAAGCCAUCAGAAUACGUUGUAGAAAGUUUGUAGAAAAACGACCACAACACACACACUCAAACACAGCAAGGUCAGGAAGCAACAAGUCAUUCAGCGUUCUGCUGGCUGCCUCUGAGGUAACGAGAAGCAAGCUCUCCUGCGUCGCCAUCGAAGGGAUGGCUCGGCCAGCCGAGUGCCGCUGUGUCCACUACCUCUUCCUUGCCUGGCUCCUCUUCCUCACCGCCGGCCAGGUGGUCUUCCUCACCCUCCACUACACCGCAGGAGUACACAACAGGUCUCAGGGUGAGGUCACACCACAGCCCACAAGAGAAAUCAAACACAACCUUAAACCACAGGUCAAGGAGAAGAUAGCAGAGAAUUUUUCAGGCAAAAUGAUCAAUCUCGAAGCCUCCAAAGUGGACGGCGAGGGACGCAUCCAGUGGAGAACCAGGAGGCCGGAGCCGUCCCUGCUCACGCUGGCCGGGGAGGUCGUGACCCUGGGACAGGACGCCUACUACUUCCUGUGUCUGACGGUGACCCUGAAUAACGAGCAAGGGGCCGCCGGGGUGACGGUCACCCUGAAGCGCAACGACCGCGUCAUCAUGGAGGGCCUUGUCGACGCGGCCACGCACAGCACGGGGCCCCUGGUCAUGGUGGAGGACAUGUCCGCCGCGGACAAACUGGUGGUCACCGUCACGCCCCCGGUGAGCGUCGAUGGGACUUCCCCGGUGAAGACCAACCUGGGGAUCAUCUGCCUGCCAAAACCGCAGCCUUCCCUCCCAGCCCCACCACCGCCGCCGCCGCCUGGGAAGGAACAAGAGGACAAAUGACCACGGUUCCUUGACGACGUUUUGAGCGCCAGCUAAAGGGCUGAGUAUGGUUCCACGUCGACGCAACGCAAGGGGGUUUACGGACCCACGUCGUUGCGGACCCUCCUUGAGUCCGCCUCAAGGGCCGACACGCGCUUCCCAAAAAUUGAAGCAAGGGCUGUGAUUGGUCCGCCAACUAAAACCCCGACUAUUUGCAUUAUUUACUUUAUUGACAGUUUUUCGGAAAGCUAUUGUUAUUUUAUUUAUUGAUUGAUAAUGUAUCCUGUCUAUAAGUCAGGUUUCAGGUUGACGUGCGGAUCGGUUGAUGACUUGACAUGUGAAUGUAUGGCAGUGAGCUAACAGCAUAGCAGUUGUGUAAAUGACUCAAAAUAUAUGAUUGAGCUGUAUCUGUAUGUGCUGCCUUUGAAAGUCACGUCCGUUGGUCAUUUGGUUCAAAUGUAAUAAAAACUAAAAAAACUUAAAUUGAGUGAGUCAUCCUCGAUAUUUGGCCUGCUGAAAAUGUGUUAUAAUAUUUAAUAAUAUUAAGCUAUUCAGUACCGGGAAUUCCAACCCAAACCCCUAUUGGGGAACUGAAUAGUAUAUCGUGAGUCACAAUACUAGUCUCUUUCAAAAAACAAACCCUUCUCAGGGGGAAUAACAGACACAUGGACACAACGGUCAAUGAAAAUGUGUCACUAGUCAACCCACGGCUGUUAACAUUUACCACAACCGCUGUUUUGAGCACCUUCCCUCGGAUAACCUUAUUGUCCUUUAUGAUCACUGCGUUCUCACUUCUCUUGCGGUGCGCAGGUUUAAGGGCUACACAGAUUAAACAGACUGGGCCCAGCAGAGAGAAGGAGCCGAACACAAGGGGACAGCAUUUAGCUGAGGACAGAUCUGGUGUCACAACGCCUCCAUGUUGGCUUAUCAUGACACAUUAUCAACCCAAUCGGUAAAGCCCCACUUCAACUUUGCUCUCAACCUCACACACACUCAGUAGUUUUCUACCAC